UUCAAUUCUUCAUAAUUUCUUUUCCUUAACAUUAUUUAAAUAUUUUUAUAUAUUAAAUACUUAGCUUUCUUAGUUUUUGUUACAUUAUUAAUUUCAUUUAAGACUAACUUCAGUUGUUUUACUUUUAAUUGUGUCAAUUGUCUAUUCUGUAAACAUCAUGGUCAACUAGCUCGCCGUUGAAAUAAAGAAUAAGGAUUUGUUGAGUAGCUAUCAGUAGGCCUACGGUUACGCAUCGACAUUAACAUGAAGAAAGUUGUUUUAUUCAAAAGUGCAUCAGAAGAUUACGAAAGAGCUUUCACUGAGAACAACUACCAAGUGGUGUUUGUGGAACCCUUACGAUUCUCGUUCAUAAACCUUGACGCUCUCAAAGAUAAACUUGCACUUAACGAGUACGAGGGCCUAAUACUGACCAGCCCUCGCGCCAUAGACGCCGUGUCCAAAUGUUGGGAUCCCUCCAAGUUUGUAACAUGGAAUAUGAAAAAAGUCUACACAGUAGGCCCUGUGAGCAGUCAAAAAAUAACUCUUUCACUAGGCCUGGAACCGCUGGGAAGCACUGCAGGUAAUGCCGAAAACCUAGCCAAAUUAAUCAGUAACGAGAAUACAAAGACUUCAAAAUUUUUAUUUCCAUGUGGCAACCUGAGAUCGGAGACCCUUCCCAACAUGUUGCAGAUGCAGGAGAUUACAAUAGAUUCCGUGACGGUGUAUGAAACCAAGGAGAACGAGAGUCUUAAAGAAGAUUUGAUAGCACUGAACGAGGGGGACCAGGACCCGUGCUGCAUGGUGUUCUUCAGCCCGUCGGGGUGCGAGUACAUUCAUCGUCAGCUGCAGACCUUCAACAACAAGCUCUCUACAUUGCCACACUUUGCUAUCGGCAACACAACAGCACACAAAAUUGAAAAUCUGGGCUUAGAAAUAGCCGGUGUCGCAGCCAAACCUGUCCCAGAGAGUGUUGUGGAAUCUGUUAACUCUUAUUUCACACCCCACCAAUAAAUUUAAUUAGA